CUUGCCUUCAUGACUCCUCACUUUGAAGCUAUCCAUAUAUGAACUCUCUUCCUUAACACAUCCACCGCACGCAACCAUCUGACACAAUGAGCAAUGCUCCUUCUCCACCCGCCGCUACGUCUUGUUCUCGCUCCUGGUCUGUAAGCGAGGAUUCGUUGAGGAGGUACGUGAACUAUGCGAGCGAGAGAUGCAUUCAGGAGCUCUUAUCGGCCUCCGAGUCCAGCGAUGGUUGGAAGGUCUUGACGUUUCGGAAUGGCGUUGAGAUCUCGAGGAGGAGCUCAGCCUCGCUGCACGUCUUCAGAAGCCGCUGGCUUCUCCGCUCGGUUUCCCCACAGCAGUUCUUCAUGGUCGCCAACGCCAUUGAUGCCGCUAAGCAAUGGGAUCCGGAUCUGGUGGAAGCAAAACACAUCAAGGACCUCAAUGACAACCUCAGGAUCAUUGCACUGAGGUUUGGUGACGCAUCGAAGCCGCUCUUCAAGAAGCGAGAAUUCGUAGUCUACGAGCGCCGUGAGAGUCUGGAUGAUGGAACCCUAGUGGUGGCUGUGGCUUCUCUGCCUCAUGAAAUAGCUGCAGGAUUGCAGCCAAAGAACGGUAAUGCCAUUCGAGGGCUGUUGCUUCAGUCUGGAUGGGUGGUGGAGAAGCUUGAAGAUGACUCUUGCGUGGUGACGUAUGUUGUUCAGUUGGAUCCGGCUGGUUGGCUGCCCAAGUGUUUUGUGAACAAGCUCAACACUAAGCUGGUCAUGAUCAUUGAAAACCUAAAGAAGUUGGCACAAACCUGCCCGGUGGACAGAGAAAUGUGAAUGUGGAUUACUGAAGUUAGUAGUAAAUACACGAGUAAAUAAAUUUAUAUAGGUAUGAUCUCAUGUUUCUUUGUGACCUCCACAAAAUCUCUACCAAAUCCCACCCUAAGAUCAUGACUUGGAGAUGCACUCAUGCCAGCCAUUCAUUCACUCCACGAGCUUGAACUUUUAAUGGAACCACUAACAAUCUAAAUUAGAUGGAUUUGUAUGCUUGUAAUUGUGCUAAUAAACAUGGAUGGCAAAAAGUGUCUAUCCGACAUAAAUUAUCAGUGUAAGCACAUCAAGGUUGACAGAUGGCACAACUGUUGGAUGAUUUUAUUGAAAACACUCAUAUUUAUUAUUUUUUCUCAAAAGAAAACCCAAUGACUUGAAUAAUCAUGGUACAGAUCGAUUUAUCCAUUUAGAUCAUUGCAUCUUAUGAUCAUAGGGUGUCACCAAGAUUAACAGAAAAAAGUAACAUUCGAGUCGAUGAUCGAAAGAUAUUUUUAAUAUUAUUCGAAACGAACGUAUAUAUAUAUAUAUAUAUAUAUCAAAUGUUUUCCACGUGCGAAUAAUUAGCUAUAUAUAUUUGGCUUCGCGAUCGAAAGUCUACCCAAUAUCAUUUCUGCAGAGCCUCGAGGUGAAACCCCACUCCAAGGAUGGGACCUCCGAGAGGGAUCGGUCGGGCCGCAAAUCCUCCAAGAAUCACGAGCGCGGACGCGAUUCAUCCGAGGAUCAUUACCGCGAUCGGGAUAGCACCCCCACCACCACCACGGUGGCAUCAAGAACUCGGACGACAACCGCCACUACCGCCUCAGAGGUCUUUCACCCUCUGACACCUUCACCGACCCAGGCCCUGACCACAGCGAGUGCUCCUCCAGCCGGCCGCGGGACUCGGUUGAUCGCAAGCGUUUAGAGGAGCGGCACAGCUACUCCUCGAAUAAGCGGAAGAAGCACGGGGACGAGGAGGGUCUGGAGAAGAGCGGGAAGAGUGCUAGGGUUUCCGAUGUGGAGAGAUACGCCGAAAAGGAGAGGCGGCGUUUCAAGUUAAUGGCCCGUGGAGGAUUAAAAUCGAGAUCAUAAUGAGGAUAGAUUAUAUGAGAGGUACUCGAGGAGUAGGAGGGAAGACAGGUCGAGUGAUAGGGAAGAGAGGAGAGAGGAAAAGAGGGUGAAAGGUGAUAUUAUAAGUGAUGGAGAAGAUAAGAAGAAACCGAGGAUAGGGAAAAGAUUACAGAUGCUGUGAAUGUUGAGAGGAAAAGAGGGUGAAAGGUGAUAUUAUUAGUGAUGGAGAAGAUAAGAAGAAACCGAGGAAAGAAGGGAAAAGAUUACUGGUGCUGUGAAGGUUGAGAGGAAAGAUUCCGUUGAUGAUGACAAAUUUCUUCACAAGAAAGAGGCAAAGGAUGAGCCUAGAUCUAAAGAUAGGGUUACGGAAGGGGAUGUGGAGAGAUCCCGUGAUGACAGGAUGCUGGCUGUGAACUCUCAGAACAGAACAAUCGAUCAAGUUGAAAAAGAUAACCUGGGUAAUUUAGCUUUGGAGAAAGAAAGUGACACUUUCAAUGUUGUUGCCCAGGAAUCAUUCACGUUGGUAUCAAAGGUUUCUACGAGAUCUGUUGCAUCUCACCGUUCUCUUCUUACCAAAGUAUCUUCAUUUACUACCACAAAUGAAAAUGCAGGAGUUAGUAUUAGAUCUGAUGAGGUUCCUUCAAAUUCCAGUACCGAUGGCACAGAAACUUCAGUUCCUCCCAAAAGUGGCAGCUUGUCUCUUGAUGCUUUAGCAAAAGCUAAAAGAGCACUACAACUGCAGAAAGAAUUGUCUGAGAAGUAAUAGAAGAUUCCCUAUUGCUAAACAAACAUGUUAGCUCGAGCACUGCCCAGGUAGCAUCCAAUAAAGAUGGAGGUAAAGUUCCUCUAGCAGGUGUAGCCCAACCUGGCCAUUCUGGCUUGCGGAGUUCUGCCUUCGCACCCAUGUUUAGACAGUUCCAGGACAACCAGGGGAUGCAACAUCGGAAAAUCUAUCUGCUGCAGGUGGUAUGGUUGUCCUUCCUGGGCUCACAAAUAUACGGUAAGAUUGAAGUUGUAAAGCGAGCACAAUAACUUGCUGCCGGGAUGGGGUUUUGUCAGGACCCAGAGUUUGCACCUCUUAUUAACAUGUAUCCUGGACAGUUGCCAGUUGACAUGGCUGUAACCUGUGAAGGCUCCUGUUCUGCACUUAGAUGCAUAGGCUCCUCUUAGUAA